CCGUUUUGUGUUUCACAGAAAACUCAAAUCCAGCGCUUUGUCAAAAUGUCUUUCCACGACGACGAUUCCUCGGAUGUCGGACUAGCGGGUCAAUCCAAGCUGGAGAGCUUCCUGUUCAGCUGCGAGCUGUCCUCUAAAGUUCCUUUCUACACUUUCCAAGGAGAUGAAGAGGAGGACCUGGAGCACUUCCUAGAGCUCAGGACGGUUUGUUUGGGAGAAGGUGCCAAGGAAGAGACUAACGUUGUGGAGGUAACAGCCAUGAAUCACCAAGGAAAGACUAUUUCAGUGCCCAUUGCCAACCUUCACAUCAGCUGCCUGCCGAUGGUGAGUUUGGGAGAGUUUGAGCUGAAAGCCCCAGUGACCCUCCGGCUCAAGGCUGGCACAGGACCCGUUAGUGUCAGCGGGUUACAUCUCAUAGCCUCACAGGUCGAAGACUCUGACGCCUCUGAUGAUGAGGACGACGAUGACGAGGAGGAGGAGGAGGAGGAAGAGAUCACCCCAAUUAAACCAGCAAAGAAGAAGCAGAAGAUGUAGGCCGAGAGGUCGUCGAUGGGUUUUUUUGGAAUGUUUUAAGAAGUAACAGUCGUUUUAUACCAGACGGGACACAUUUUACAACGUUAUUACUUAUUCCACACAGCCACAUGAAUGCUUAAUGUGGUGGCAGCUGAACACUACGGUGGAGGAAGGAACAUCAUGACAAGGAGCUCUGAUUGUUCUCUCUUCUUUACUCCUUAGUUUCUUGCUGCGAGCGUUCAGUCUCUGCAGUGAAUUUAACUGUGGAUGCAACAUUCACUUAUAGAAGAACUGUUUUUGCUAUUAAAUGCUACCUUGUAUUUUAUACUGUACUUGCUACAGCCACCAGUGACAUGGAUUUAUCACACCAGUGUUGGAAAGCAUCGUCUUUUACUACCACCAUUGGAUUCUGGUAUUGUUUGAAGAUUCUGGUCUUGUAAAAAGUAAAAACAUAGUGUGUGUGCUUGUGUCAGAGAGAAAAGAUGUUACCACAUAAGAGUGAUUUCCAAUUAAAUUGUGCAAUCAAAUGAAUUAAAUAUUCUUGGUACACAAGAGUAACUCCAUUUCCAGCUGUUUGUAGUUCCAAAAUGCUGUUUUUCUAUAUAUGUCAAUCAUAAAUGUGAAGAUUUUGUACGUGUAAUGAAUGCACCAAGAAAACAUUUUGUGUUUUGUGUAUUCAUUUAAUUCACUGCAUGUCUUGUCCUAUUACUGCCACCUGUAGAUCAUGGGAAUAGUCUGAUAUAGUCACCCGCAUGCAGGUGUGUCCUUAUGCCC